AUGAAAAUCCUCUUUGAGAAACCGCCUCCAAUCGCUAUCAAAAUAUGUGAGGAAUACAAACUUCCUUUGUGGACUGCGGCCGAAGGGCUUCUACAUAUAUUCCCUCAAGUGAAAGAAUUCGAAGUGCUGAUUGCAGUUGCAAAAGCUAUGUUAUAUGUAUAUAACAUAGCACUCUUUGCAUUUUUCCAUUCUCAAAAUGCAAACCUUCGUGCUCCUAAUGGGCAAAGAGUUCUAAACAUCCUCAACUCAUCUUUCAGCUCAGAUUUAAUGGGGGAUGAAUGUCGUUUCCAAACCCUCUGGAGGUCAGGUGUGCUCAUCAGUAUGCGAGAAGGUCAAUAUAGUACAUACCCUGGUGUCAUGAAUCCAGAGUUCAUACUGGUUGGCCUUUAUGAUCACUUGACACCAUUGAGAAUCUUUAAAAAGCACCCUGAGUGGUUCAAUGUUCUUAUGGCAAAUUUGCCACAAAGCUUCGAAGUCAGGAUUGCAAGCACUCCAGCUUUUGAUCAAGCCAAGCUAAUCGACAUCCCGCAGCCUCAUUUGAGCCUUCUCGUCCAGACUCCACUUAAAUUUGAAGGGGCGAAUGCAUAUCGCACAAGAUUUCUUCAUCAGGGCUAUCUGUUUGAUUUGAAUCCUGCCAAUGUGAUAGUUGGGGCAUGUGAAACUGUUCAGCAAGUCCCAUAG